GCCCACGGCGGGGGUACGUGGACGCGGUUGCCUCGGGACCCAGGAACCCUCCGGUCUGGCCGGCGGGGAAGGACUGAGGCCGUGGCCCGCCCCGCCCGGCUCCCGCCGCUGCUGUCCGGGACCAAAAGAUGCGCUCCAGUGUGCCCCUGCCCCUGCCCCUGCCACUGCUGCUGCUGCUGCUGCUAGCCCCAGGGCCUGGGGUGCAGGGCUGCCCGUCUGGCUGCCAGUGCAACCAGCCACAGACAGUCUUCUGCACUGCCCGCCAGGGGACCACGGUGCCCCGAGAUGUGCCGUCUAACACAGCAGGCCUGUAUGUCUUUGCCAACGGCAUUACUACACUCGAACCAGGUACCUUUGCCAGCCUGCCAGGCUUGCAGCUCCUGGACCUAUCACAGAAUCAGAUCACCAGCCUGCCCAGUGGUGUCUUCCGGCCACUUGCCAACCUUAGCAACCUGGACCUCACUGCCAACAGGCUGCGUGAGAUCACCAAUGAGACCUUCCGCGGCCUGCGGUGCCUGGAGCGCCUCUACCUGGGCAAGAACCGAAUCCACCACAUCCAGCCUGGUGCCUUUGAUGCACUUGAUCGCCUCCUGGAGCUCAAGCUGCAAGACAACGAGCUUCGGGCACUGCCCCCGCUGCGCCUGCCGAGCCUGUUGCUGCUGGACCUCAGUCACAAUAGCCUCCUGGCCCUGGAGCCGGGUGCCCUGGACACCGCCAAUGUAGAGGCGCUGCGGCUGGCUGGCCUGGGGCUACGGCAACUGGAUGAGGGGCUCUUUGGCCGCCUGCGCAAUCUACACGACCUGGAUGUGUCAGACAACCAGCUGGAGUUUGUGCCACCUGCCAUCAGGGGUCUACAGGGACUGACACGCCUGCGGUUGGCUGGCAACACCCGCAUUGCCCAGCUGCGGCCUGAGGACCUGGCCGGCCUGGCAGCCCUGCAGGAGCUGGACCUGAGCAACUUGAGCCUGCAGGCCUUACCACAUGAGCUUUCGGGCCUCUUCCCCCGCCUGCGGCUCCUGGCAGCUGCCCGAAACCCUUUCAAUUGUGUGUGCCCCCUGAGCUGGUUCAGCCCUUGGGUGCGGGAGAACCGAGUGGCACUGACCAGCCCGGAGGAGACGCGCUGCCACUUCCCGCCCAAGAAUGCUGGCCAGAUGCUCCUGGACCUCGACUAUGCCGACUUUGGUUGCCCAGCCACCACCACCACGGCUACAGUGCCCACCACAAGGUCCUUGGCGUGGGAACCCACACCCUUGUCUUCCAGCCCAGCCCCCACCUGGCAAAACCCCACGGAGCCUGCUGCCAAAGCCCCGAGCCUGCCACCUGCCACCCCACCCACUGUGGGAGCUGACCCUCAGCCCCAGGACUGCCCAGCAUCCAUCUGCCUCAACGGGGGUACUUGCCACCGGGGGGCUAGGGGCCACCUAGCCUGCCAGUGCCCUGAAGGCUUCACUGGUCUGUACUGUGAGAGCCUGAUGAAGCAGGGGCUAUGGCCCUCCCCGACCCCAGCCACACUGAGGCCUCCAGGGCCCCUGCCCCUCGGGAUCGAGCCAAUAAGCCCCACCUCCCUGAGGGUAGGGCUGCAGCGCUACCUGCAGGGCAGUACCGUGCAGCUCAGGGGCCUCCGCCUCACUUACCGAAACCUGUCAGGCCCUGACAAGCGGCCGGUGACACUGCGGCUGCCCGCCUCACUUGCGGAGUACACGGUCACACAGCUUCGGCCCAAUGCCACCUACUCCAUCUGUGUCAGGCCCCUGGGGGCUGGGCGGAUGCCUGAGGGCGAGGAGGCCUGUGGAGAGGCCCACACCCCCCCAGCUGUCCGGUCUAACCAUGCCCCGGUCACACAGGCCCGAGAGGGCAACCUGCCGCUCCUUAUUGCGCCUGCCCUGGCUGCCGUGCUCCUGGCUGCCCUAGCUGCUGUAGGGGCAGCCUACUUCGUGCGGCGGGGGCGGGCCGCGGCAGCUGCAGCUCAAGGCAAAGGGCAGGUGGGGCCUGGGCCCCUAGAGCUGGAGGGGGUGAAGGCCCCCUUAGAACCAGGCCCCAUGGCAAGUGAGGGCGGUGGGGAGGCCCCACCUGGUGGGCCUGAGUGUGAGGUGCCACUCAUGGGCUACCCAGGGCCUGGGCUCAAAGGGCCCCUUCCCACUAAGCCCUACAUCUAAGCUGGGAGUGAUGGACUAUUGGGCUGGGCUCUCAGCCCUGCUGGGACUGAAUAGUGCCCUCCUGCUAUAAGAUCAAGAAGUUCUCAGAUCCAUAAGAUGAGGACACAUCAGGGCAGGGGCUGUGUGAUUAUAGCAAGUCCCUGACCUUCUCUGGACCUUGGUCUCCUCAUCUAAGAUGCUAGGACCCAGGUGAAGACCUCUAAGGACCCCCAGAGCCCAAGUGCCUCUGAGGAUGGCGUCUGCCCUGUCCUCUGCCAUGUGCAACCUCGGGUGGAGCAGGGCAGGCAGGUUCUGCCGUGUGCUGGUAACACAGGCCUAGGGCUGCUAGGCCCUCAACCCAAGGAGACUCGGGGGGUCAGUGAAGGAAGCCCCCAGAAAGAGAGAAGAGGGAAAGUGGGGGUAAGGAUGGGUAUGGAGCCCAGCCUUGGCCCCAGGGAGUGAAGUAACAAAUGAAACUGGAAAGAAUGACGCUUUAGGAACAAGUUUUGCUUUUGUUUUUUAAAAUAUAUUUAUAAGAGAUCCUUUCCCAUUUAUUCUGGGAAAAUAGUUUUCAAACUCAGAGACAAGGACUUUGGUUUUUGUAAGACAAACGAUGAUAUGAAGGCCUUUUAUAAGAAAAAAUAAAAAAUAAAAUAAAAUGAGUGUAUUUUUGGCAUGACCCCAGGGCUCCUGGACUGGGUGGAGGGAGGGUAAGGGUGCAGGGUAGGUGUAAAGGGACAGCCCUCUGGGGAACUGGGGGCCAGGACCCCUCUCCCCAGUGGACACCAGGCCCUGGACAGCAUUCCUUGGGCUUG